AUGAUACGCGCUAUUGAGGCCUAUCGCCACCCUCUGUACCGCUUGUUGAGGAGCACAAAGGGCAUCACACACGAUGUGGCAUUGCUUAAACUAGAGAGACCAUCCAAACUUCAGCCAGCACAUCUGCCUGCUGUAGAUGGAUCAGACAACAAGCCCGGGGUGAUUGCAUCGGCCUUAGGCUGGGGGCUCGUUAACAACGAAACAAGCAGCGAUAUUCUUCAAACCGUGGACGUGGAGAUCAUCACGAACAAGAAAUGUGCAAAACUGUACAGCUAUGCCGCUGAGAACUCCACUGUGGACGAUUCUGUUAUUUGCGCCGGUCUUGGUGGCGGGAAGGAUUCAUGCAAUGGUGACUCGGGCGGUCCUCUUCUCGUUCAUGAUGUGGUUGUGGGCAUUACGAGCAGCGGUCCCGACGAAUGCGGCGUGUUGCCGGCAACAUACGCCCGUGUGUCCAACGCUUUAUCGUUUAUUCACGAUAUAAAAGCCGGCGGUUCUACCAAAAAUGUCACGGAGCGACUGACCGCUGAAACCUUCACUUUGUUCGACACUAGUCAAAGCCAAGAAGAGAGUAGAUAG